AUGACCCCGUCGAGCCUGCUUGUCCUGGCCGGACUGCUACUAUCCACCAGCCUCGCCAACGGACAACUGGCCGCAACCCUGUUUCUGGACGAACCAGGCCGAGGAGCAGCUGACCAGCCCCAGCCGAGCGCCCAGCUGUCGACUUCUGAACUCAAUGCGAUCCUCUCUCACAAGCUAAACAUCUCCCAAUUCGAAAACCUCCCUGCCUCCCUCCAUCCAACCACCCAAAAAUCUCAGCUUGUUCUCGGUAACCCCCACUCCGACCUGCCCCUCUCUGGAGAUCAUCCCUCGGCCUCUGCAACACCCAAGCUGUUUAUCGCGCUCUAUGGCAACGAUGGUCAGACCAUCCUGCCGGCCGAAUUUCUCGCGCGAUCGCUGAGGUUCAGCGUGCCCAACCCACCAGAAACACUGAGUUUUGAUGCACUGAUCUCGGUCUACAUCGGCCGGAUAAUCGACAGUCUGCAUUUACCGAUCGACUCGAUUCCCGGUGUCAAAGACUUCAUCCAGGCUUACCACGAUGGGAUGGGCCUCCCACUCGCUCAAAACCUGCUCGAUUGGGCCGCCGAUUGGCCGGAUUCAAUCCCCAGUUGGACCCGCUGGGCUGCUGAUCUUUCUCAAUCUUCUAAAAAUUUUCCUGAGUCUAUCGAACCCGAAACUAAGUUCAGUCAGGCCAUCAAGGAAUAUGGUACCCUAGAUGGCCCGGCGUAUCAAAUAAUGGAUGACCUCAAAACGCUUGAUAAAUAUUUACAAAACGGUACUCCGGGGCCGAUCACAUUUAUGCGUUUAGCAGGACUCCAAGAAGUGCGUCGACGAUAUGGGGAGAGUUCGAUCCAGUACCGGACAAGUAUCACCGCGAUCCAGGGAUUAUUGAGAGCGGUGAUAGAGGCAGGGGGUGUGUCGGGGAAGGAGACGAUAGUGAUCGGGAUACCAGGCCAACUGGUGCAUGCUCGCCUGGGCAAACGGACCGAGCUGUCGAUUCUGUCUCCAUUCAAGACCUCCGAGCAGAGCUUUGUCCGCCGCGAACUCAUCGACCGUCGCCGAUCUAUCUUCGGAUCCCAGUCCAUCCCCAUCAUCCCUAGCAGUCGUAAAUGCUUCCCCACUAAGACCGAGUGCCAAUCCGCCUCUGAUGCUUGUAACGGACACGGGCAAUGCGUCCAGGGCCAGAAAACCUCCGGCGGGAAAUGCUUCGUUUGCGCCUGUGAGAAAUCUAGAGACGUUAAGACUGGUAAGGUCACUUAUUGGUCCGGCGAUACCUGCCAGAAACAAGAUAUCUCCAGUGGGUUUGUCUUGUUGGUUGGAUCUGCUUUCCUCCUUAUCGUCUUAUUCGCCCUCGCAAUUCGUCUAUUAGCCUCCGUUGGCUCCGAAAACUUGCCCCAGCAUUACUGA